UAAGCCGAAAGAAAUUAGUUAUCUCAACAUAAGAACACAAAUCUCUUUCUACAUACAUGUUCAAAUAUUUCUUUUUGCAUCAAAUGUAUAGAAAAAAAAUUAAAACACGAAGAAUUUAACAACAAUUGAUCAAAAAUGCUUCAAUCAAUGCAUUUUAAAAUGCCCACUAUCCUCAUCAUCACGUGCUGCUAUGUAAUUUUAAACAUCCUACCCCCGUUCAAUGCUCAAUAUAUUCAACCAGGUCUAUGCGAUACACGAUGUCAUUGUCCAAAAGAUGAAAAUGUCGUCCAUUGUGAUAGACAAGAUCAUUUACAAGGUGUACCAACUAAUAUACCCAAUGGUGUAACAAAAUUAUUCAUUCAACAUAGUAAUUUCCCUACACCGAAUUAUUUAAAUGAAGCCAAUAUGACUGGAUUAGAACAAUUGGAAUAUUUACGUAUUAUUUAUUGUAAUUUACAAAUUAUUGAAUCUCGAACAUUUAUCAAGAUGGUUGCAUUGAAACAUUUAGAUUUAUCGUAUAAUUCAUUGAUCAGACUUGAGUCGUAUACAUUUUACGGGUUACAAUUGCAUAAUUUAUAUUUACGUGAACAACAUUCUUUGCCUGAACAAGGUAUGUUCAUUAGUGAUGAUGCAUUUCAUGGCUUGUCAGCAAUGCAAAUCAAUUUACGCGGUAAUCGUAUUCAAUCAAUCAGUUAUGAAUUAUUUAGUAAAGUGCCAAGUUUAGAUCGUUUAAUUCUAUCGGACAAUCGUAUUAUACAUAUUGAUAAUGGAUUUGAACGAUAUUUUAAUCAUCCUAAUCGUUUGCUUGAUUUAACCGGGAAUCCAUUAGAAUGUAAUUGUCAGCUGGCAUGGAUUGCUCAACGAAGUAUGGAUUGGAAAGAUAGUUUACCCGGUUUGAAUAUGACUUGUAUUUAUUGGAGUAGAGCAGAGAAUUCCAUGAAAAAAACAAUGUAUAUAUAUGAAUUAGUGAAAUUAACUGCUGAUCAAUUAUGUCCAACAUCACGUAUCCAACAAAUAUUUAUUAAUAUAUUAGAUGAUGCAAGUCGUGCAUUGAUUUCAUGUACCGCAGUGACUGUACCAAAACGAUCCAGUAAUUAUAUACAUCAUAAAAAUAUGAUUACUGCUAGUGCAGGAAUAUUAAGUCAUACACCACCAGGUGUAGCAUGGCGUUACAUUGAAGAUGGACAGUUACGUGAAGUGAAACGUUUAAUCACUACCAAUGAUAAAAGUGAUUUAAACAAUCAUUCUCCAAUCAAUGAUGAUUUAUAUCAUCAAACCGAUUCAACUACUACUAUUGAACAUUUAACAUCAACAGUUCAAUUGAAUGUAUCAUUAGGCAUAAAACCACAUAAAUACACAUGUACAACAUGGGAUGAUAAGAAGGAAACCGAGGAAGUGGUGGUAACAUUAAAAGGACCAAAUCUAUUUCAUUCACCAAAAUUAACUAAUAAUAAUAAUACAUUGACAAUUGAACAUGAACCCGUUCAAAGUUCAAUGAAUGAUCGUAAUUAUCAGCAUCACACGAAACAACAACAACCACAACCGGAUGACUUAUUAAUACGGAAUGAAAUUCUCUAUGAACAAACAAAUUAUUUAUAUCAAAAACAAUUUACUUUAUUAGAAAUGGCAAUUGCUGUUAUUUGUACAUUUUUAACUACUUUGAUAUUUUUAUUAAUUGGUGCAAAAUGUUUAAAUCUAUGCAGACAACAUACAUUGUUUGGUUUAUCAUCAAGUUGUAAUUCACUUGAUCUGAAUCACAAUAAUAAUAGUAGUGGUCAUCAUAAUCAUUCAAAAAUUGAAUAUAAUUCAGGGAAAUUAAUUCAAACAAAAUCAAAUUUUAUUGAACAAGAUGAGAAUCGUAAUAAUAAUAAUAAUAAUACAUCAUUAAAAGUAAAUGGAAUAUUAUCUUCCGGUGUAAUCAAUGAGAAUGAAUAUAAUUUAAUGCGAACACAUUCUAAUCCUUAUUCACAAAUGUUUUUAUCAACUUUACAUAAUCAUACUAAUCAUACUACUUAUAAUAAUAAUAAUAGUAGUACUAUUGCUGGUAAUACUAAUACAGGUAAUAAUAAUUUCUCAUCCCAACUAAAUCAAUAUCCAAAUCUUGUCAAUCCAUAUUUAACAGUGACUUGUACUGGGAAUUAUUUGCCAGGACCGCCAAGAUUACCUUCACCGCAGUUAUUAUCAGCGGCAGCAGCUGCGGCAACAACAGCAUCCUCAUCGUUAUCGUCGACGAAUCAACCAGCUUCAUCGUCUAUUUCCGGUACUGAUGAUCUACAACAAAGUUUAGCUCUACUGACUUCAACUCCAUUAAUUCAACAGAAUAAAUUAAGAAAUCUUUUAAACAGUACUACUACUAAUAAUACUACUGAUAAUAAUAAUAAUCAUAUGAAUAAUUCAUCUGUUGGUAUGCUAUCACCAUUUCUAUCAAACAAUCAACCACAUCUAGCUAAUUGGCUUGUAGCGCCUGGAUCACCUUAUUCUAUGACAGGUAGUCAUGUUUAUGAUGUGCCUAGAACGCUGGAAAUCAAUCAAGCCACAUUGCCAACAAUGUCCACAGGUUGUUUAGUGAAUCGUUCUAGUCUAUUUAGUGAAUCAGAAUGAAGAAAACAAACAAAUGAUAUAUUUUGACUUUUGACUUUUUAUUCUUUACUUUGUUUUAUGUUUUGAUUUUGUUUUUCACUGAUUAUUAUUCUCUUGUCAGAUUUUGUCUUGUUUUUCUUUUAAAAUCGACUCCUCAUUGUGUGUGUGUGUGUGUAGUUGUGUGCAGUCAAGUGUGAUGUUUUGUUGAUUGUUACAUCUUUCGAAAAAAAAGAUGACGACCACAUAUCAAUCCGGUCUUAAUUUUGCAAUGGACAGACACUGAUGAAUGGAACAAAAGUUGGUUUGUAAAAUUGAAUAAAAGUCAUUUCAUUUUAUUUUCCCUUAAAUCUACUUUUGUGAAUAUGAGUUAUACAACAUUACUACUGCUACUACUACUACUACUCACACUACUACAACGAUGAUUAUUCAUACUGCUGAGGUUGUUUAUUAUUAUUCUUAUAACACAUACAAUGAAAAUUAUUGAAUUCUGUUGUUAUUUUUCUCGAUACUACUUCUCAACGAUCAACUUCGGGUUUCGUUUUCUCCUCCUCCUCCUCCUCUGUGCGUGCAGUGCGAAUUGGGACCAUGUGAUUAAUUCCAAUAAAACUGCCGAUUAGCGCUUGCUCACUUAUUUUCAUUUUAAACGAAAAUCCGAAAUGACUUCAGUAACUUUGCGUGGUUUCUUUCCGCUCAGCUUUCUGUCUCCCUCUCUCUCACACACACACAAUUGACGUAUAAAUACAUCUAAGGACAUUGAGAACGGUGUGUAACAUCAUUGUUUUUGAAAAGGGUUUUGACCAGAAGAAAAGAUCAUUAUUCUUCUUUUUUUUCUCUAAUUUUUCGCUUACUUGAUCUUCUUUGUGUUUUUAAUUGAGCAUUUCUACGGGGGUUUCUUUGAUUUCUCCCCUGACUUAGUCGAUGCUGAAAAUAAGUAGUUUUCUUCAACAGAUUCUAUCAACUACAUAACCACAUCGAUAUAUAUACAGCGGGAAUCGAGACCGACGGAUGUGUCUUCACCUUCUUCUUCUUCCUCUUCUUCUAAUCAAAAUCCAGUGAAUCAUUUUUUAAAACUGCCUACUUAAUAAUAAUAAUGUGUCUUUUCUUUUCACGCAAAUUCUACUUGUAAUAAAUAAUACUUUCCUCAUCUUAUUAUUAGUGAUUUCCUUUUCAACAGAGAGAGCAUUUGUGUUACUUUGUUUUUUUUCUUUAUGUAACAACAACUGCUUGUUCUUACUAUCACAGAAAAAACUCUUUUAACUUGUUCUGAUGAAUAAAUUAUUAUUAUUAUUAUUAUUA